CUGGGCACUGUCAGUUUGCAAUCAAAACAAACCAUCGAAAUUCGUUUCGGGUUUUUAGAAGACCGCAGAUUUGCACUAAAUUUCAUUUAUUUGAAACUUUUUAACUCAAUUCGAUUGUUCUUAGCCGAGUUAACAUUUUGAAGCAAAGUAUUGUCAAGCAUUACCGGAAUGACGUAGGACUAUGCGGAUAAUUUGACAAAUCUCUUCAAGGAGUCCUCGAUUCUUACGUCUGUAUUAGAGAAACACAAUCGCAAUGGACUCUCUCCACUCCCAAACGACUCCGAUCUGCCGGCUCUGUUUGGGGACAACCCCCUCGGCGGACAUGACACUGCUCAACUACAACGACCACCUGGUCGAGUCGAUCCGUCAGCUCACGACCGUCGAGGCACUCAUGGUAGAUCCGCUCUAUGCGAUCUACAUGUGCGUGGACUGCCAGGAAACGCUGGAGCAGUGCCGCCGAUUUCGGGAGUCGUGUCUCCAGAAUGAUGGUACCUUUCGGCAGAGGUACCAGCAUGGGAUGGUUAAGGUGGAACCGGAAGAAGCAGUUGGCACGUUCACAGAGGUCAAGAUCGAGAUGAUCGUGACGCCGGAUGUGGUGGAGGAUGCUCCAGCCAACGAGUGGACUGACACUCGCGAUGAAGGGGAGUCGGAUGAGUGGGAACUGCCGUCGCCGGAAGUGAGCGAGAAAGUUCCGAAGAAACGGAAGGAGGAAGUUGCCGCGAAGAAUGAAGCGCCCAAGAGCGACGAGAUCCCGAUGGCCCAGUGUCAGGUCUGUGGCAAGGUGAUGAAGAAGACAGGUCUGACGGCCCAUCUGGGCCGGCACAAGCCGAACCGUACGGAGUACGUUUGCCAGUACUGCCAGAAGGUUUUCUACAACUCGCUCAAGCUGAAGAACCACGUCAACGGGGUGCACACCCACCAGUACAAAUAUGCCUGCGACGUGUGCGGCAAGACUUACGAGCGGACCGACACGCUGCGGGUGCACUACCGGGCGAAACAUACCGACGAGAAGCCGUACGAGUGUAAGGUGUGUGGGAUGCGGUUCGCGCGGGAUGACGGCCGGCGGUACCACUUCCAGAAGGUGCACCAGGUUGGGAAACCGCACCAGUGCGAGUUAUGCGAUAAGGCGUUCCGGCGGAAAGCCGAACACACCUUGCACAUGAGGACCCACACCGGCGAGAAGCCGUUCAACUGCGAUAUCUGUGGAAAGGCGUUCAGCAAGAGCUACAACGUGGUCAUUCACAAAAAAUCUCAUCAGAAUCAGGCCGAAAGGGGCGCUGCAAACGUUGCCAAAACGGGGAUCUUGUAAAAUUGUUUACAUAAAUAAAGUUAUUUUCUAGUAUUUGA